AUGACAGCCCUCGGGAAACGUAAGAACAAGACAGGGAAGAGUUUGAAAUCAAAACAAGCACCCUUAUAUUCCAAAGAUGGUAUUCCAUAUGACUACAUUAUCAUAAUUGAUGCUGGGUCAAAAGGAUCCAGGGUCUAUGUCUAUAAUUGGUUAAACCCAACUGCUGCAUUAGAGAAUGGAAUAAAUUUGAAUAGAAAUAAUCCUCUUGAACGAGUGAAAUUAGUUAGAAGAUUUGAACAACGUGACGACGACGACGACGAACAAGAAGAAGAGUCUAAUGAAGCACUAUUACCACAAGUUCAAACUAAAGAAAAAUGGCAUAAGAAAAUAACCCCCGGUAUUUCUUCAUUUGAUAAAAACCCAAAGAAGAUAGGUAAACAACAUUUAUAUUAUCUUCUUGAACGUGCAUCUCAAAUCAUCCCAAAAUCACAACAUUAUCGUACUCCAAUCUUCCUCCAUGCAACUGCUGAUUGUUCGUCUCAUGUUAAUGUUAUCCAUGGAGAAGAUGAGGGGUUAUUUGGGUGGUUAUCUAUAAAUUCCAUUAUAGGAUCAUUUGAUCAUCCUGAAUUACAUCAACAUGGGAAUAAUCAUUCUACUUAUGGGUUAUUGGAUAUGGGUGGUGCAAGUACUCAAGUGGUUUUCCAACCAAAUACUACUGAAGUGGAAGAACAUCAACAAAACUUAUAUCAUGUUUUAUUAAACCAAGUACCUAAAUUAUCAACAUCUGACGAAGAUACCGAAUAUUCAUCUCCCAAUCCAAUCGAAUUUAAUGUUUAUUCUGAUUCAUUUUUAGGAUUUGGAAUGUAUCAAGCUCAUAAACAAUAUUUCAAAUAUUUACGAGAUAAAUUCAAUAAAGAAAAGAAUAUUGAUCAUAAUGCCAAAUUUAGAUCAAAUAUCCCUGACCCAUGUUUACCUAAAGGACAUGUCACUUCUCAAAUAAUAGAUGGAUAUAAUUAUGAUUUCACGGGUGAAAGUGAUUUUAAUGAAUGUUUGAAUAAUAUAUUCCCAGUAUUACAAAAUUCAACUAAUGGUAGUAUUAAUGAAAAUUGUAAUCAAUUCAAUGAAACUGCAAAAGCAAGUAGUUGUUUAUUAAAUAAUUCAAUUCCGGUGUUUGAUUUCAAUAUAAAUCAUUUUGCAGCCGUCAGUGGAUAUUGGAAUUCAAUUGAAGAUUUAUUAUCAUAUCAAAAUAGCAAAAGAGAUAAAGAAGAUCAAAAGAAUACAUAUGAUUAUAAAGUAAUAUUCGACAAGACUGAAAAAGUAUGUUCAAGUUCAUAUUCCCAACUUCUUGAAUUCAAUGAAGAUAAUAAAUCCCACAAAUUGUCAGAAGAAGAAUUAUCUGAAUUAUGUUUCAAAUCAUCCUGGAUAUUAAAUUUCCUUCACCUCGGGCUCGGAUUCCCUAGAUUCGGAAUUGAUGAAAUCACAAACACAACCACUAAUGGAUUCGAAUCACUUCAAAUGAUUGAACAAUUAGGCGGAACCCAAUUCUCAUGGACUUUGGGUCGAGCAAUCCUAUAUUCCAACGACGAGUACGUUCAGGCAUAUAACAACUAUACCACCAGAACAACCAACACCACCGAAGUCAGUCUAUUAAAGAGAUCAGGAUAUUAUCACCGUUCUUCAGAAAGUCUAUAUCACUACGGUGCCGAACAGAGUGGAAUUCCACCGCGACCAGCAUUCAUCACCCCAAGAGCCGACCAAACUUACAAGUAUUUCGAUUAUGAAAAAUCAUCAGCACCAAAACUGGAAUUUGAUUCAAGUCCUCUGAAUAAUCAUCGAUGGUAUGGAAUGUUUGCAUUUUUGAGUUUGGUAUUUGUGGUGGGGUGGUUGAUGAUUGGAUCUAGUCGAAGAAGACAGGUUGUUCAUAGAGUGAAGGCGAAGAUGGGUGAUUGGAGAAGGAUGGUUCCUGGUUAUAAUGAUUCGAAAUAUGUUCAAUUAGGUCCGGAUUUGAAUGAUGGUGAUGAUUUGGAGAAUGGGUAUGAGUUGGAUGAUAUUGUGGAUUCGACUAGUAGUAGUAGUAGUAGUAAUAUCGAUCAACAAUUUCAGAUUGGAGAUGAAGAUGAAGAGGAUGAUGAUUCAGAGAAUUUGAUUGUAUAG